UGUGCACUCAUGCCCGCAUCAACUGUGGCAUACCAGUACAUCGCAUUUGGGAGAGCGAUACUUCGACGGGCAAGUUGCGAUUCGCGUUCCGGAACUGCAGCGCCAAACUUCGAACCACGUUUCCGCUACAUGAGGUGACAGGCGCGACCGACCGGCGUUUUGGCCUGCACCGUUUUACCGAACCGCCUAUCUACUGGGCGUCGGCCCUCCCCGUCACCGUAACGAAUUCCCGAUCCCGAGCGCCGACCACGCCCAGCUUCUCCCCCCCCACCCGCCAAACACCCACCAUGGCGUCGGCCAUCUUCUUCCUCGACCUUAAGGGCAAGACGCUUCUUGCCCGCAACUACAGGGGAGACAUCCCCAUGUCAGCGGUCGAGAAGUUCCCAAUACUCCUCAGUGAAGCCGAAGAAGAGUCCUCAGCAGUACCUCCUUGCUUCUCCCACGAAGGCAUCAAUUACCUGUACAUCCGCCACAACAACCUGUACCUCCUCGCUCUCACAAAACGAAACACCAAUGCCGCCGAAAUCCUCCUCUUCCUCCACAAGAUCGUCGAGGUCUUUACCGAGUACUUCAAGGUGCUCGAGGAGGAAUCCAUCCGAGACAACUUUGUCAUCAUUUACGAGCUCCUCGACGAAAUGAUGGACUUUGGCUACCCGCAAACGACCGAGUCCAAGAUCCUGCAGGAAUACAUCACUCAAGAGUCGCACAAGCUUGAGAUCCAAGCCCGGCCGCCCAUUGCCGUGACCAACGCCGUCUCGUGGCGCUCUGAAGGCAUACGGUACCGCAAGAAUGAAGUCUUUCUCGACGUUAUCGAGUCGCUCAAUCUGCUCGUGUCGGCCAACGGCAACGUGCUGCGGUCGGAAAUCCUGGGUGCCAUCAAGAUGAAGUGCUAUCUGUCAGGCAUGCCCGAGCUGCGCUUGGGCCUCAACGACAAGGUCAUGUUUGAGACGACGGGCCGGACGACCCGCGGCAAGGCCAUCGAAAUGGAAGACGUCAAGUUCCACCAGUGCGUUCGCCUGUCGCGCUUUGAGAACGAUCGCACCAUCAGCUUCAUCCCGCCCGAUGGCGAGUUCGAGCUCAUGUCGUAUCGCCUCAACACCCAAGUUAAGCCGCUCAUCUGGGUUGAGUGCGUGGUCGAAUCGCACAGCGGGUCCCGCAUUGAAUACAUGCUCAAGGCGCGAGCCCAGUUCAAGCGCCGCAGCACCGCCAACAACGUCGAGAUCAUCGUCCCUGUUCCCGACGACGCGGAUUCUCCGCGUUUCCGCACAAAUGUCGGGUCGGUGCACUACGCUCCCGAGAAAAGCGCGAUCGUGUGGAAGAUCAAGCAGUUCGGAGGUGGCAAGGAGUUCCUCAUGCGUGCGGAGCUGGGUCUUCCCAGCGUCCGGGGUGAUGACGAGCAUGGUGGCGGCAUGACUGGCGGGUUUGGAGGAAGCAUGGGUGGCAUUGGUGGGCCCGGAAAGGGAGCUAAGAGGCCGAUUCAGGUCAAGUUUGAGAUCCCAUACUUUACGACCAGCGGGAUCCAGGUACGGUAUCUGAAGAUCACGGAGCCAAAGCUUCAAUACCCUUCACUACCAUGGGUGCGAUACAUCACGCAGUCCGGUGACAUUGCCGUCCGACUGCCCGAUGCAGUAUGAGACGAAGGCUGACGAGCUCUGUCCGAUCUGCGGGGUGCUCGAGGCGUCUGGCGAGAUAAUCAUAGGAGGCAGGCCCUGGCCAUACGUUCUAGUUCAGCUUUAAGUUUGGUGGGCAGAAGCAGGCGGCGAGACGACUUCCAAUGUUUGGAGAUUAAGUCUACCGCGGCGUAUGGUGUAAUGGUCAAAAUUGAGGUGUUGUCGAAUUACCUAGACAAGACAAUCAGUUCUAAAUAUUAGACUCUGGAUGUCGCGUAGAGUUUUCCUGUAAUAUGGCUCACAACAUUGUGUAUACUACUUAGCAAUGGACGAGAUAGGUGUUUAAACAGGACCUCCAUGGCUGGUCUACGGCUAGUGGAAUUGCUGAUGCUGAUAUUUUCAAAGAGAACGAG